CUGUCAUGUGAUCAGCUGUGUCCAAUCACAGCUGAUCGCAUGGCACUGAUGAUCAGUGCCCUGAUGAUCAGUGUAGCCCCAUCAUUGCCACCUGUCAGUGCCCAUCAAUGCCACCUGCCAGUGCCCAUCAGUGUCACAUCAAUGCCACAUAUCAGAACCUACCAGAGCACAUCAAUGCCACAUAUCAGUGCCCAUCUGAGCUGCCUUUCAGUGCCAACUAUCAAUGCCAGUCAGUUCCGCCUAUCAGUGCUGCCAAACAAUGCCACCUAUCAGUGCCAGUGCCAGUCAGUGCCGCCUAUCAGUGCCAGUCAGUGCCGCCUAUCAGUGCUGCCUAUCAGUGCCAGUCAGUGUCGCCUAUCAGUG